UCCGCACCUAUUGCCAUGCUCGAUAACUAUCGGGAAUCGGAUCGGAUUUCGGAUUCAUGUCCUGUAAGCGGUUCAUCUGACACCCGUAAGGCAAAUGGGUGCUCCAGUGCUCACCAACGCCUGGUCGCCGCCCUUGGUGCUUUCCACCUGAGUUCCUCGUCGUCGGGGAAGUUCGCCGAGGGAAGGUGGGGAAGAUUCCGAUUCGAAGAAGCCCGUAAGAGCGGCAGAGUUGGAACAGGAGAAAGGUGCCACUGGAGUGGUAGAUCUGAACAGGGGAGUGAAGUUGGGAAUAUGGGAUCUGUUUCCUCUUGCUUGCUUGAAGAGGAUACCGAGGAAUAUCAACAUUCAAGUGCUUCGGUUUUCAGAAGCUGCAUCUGCCUCAGAUGCUUGGCUCAGCAAUUGAUAAGCGUGUACACUGCAUUAUUUUCAAGAGAGGAAGUGCAUGCCGCUCCUUCAUCUUUGCGGGAAAGAGUUCCUGUUGCAUCUCCAUCACUAAACAUUAAUGACUCUAUUCCUGACACGUACAAUGCUCCGCCCAGGCCUGUACCUUAUGAUGAUCCUAUAUUCUCCCAGCGUCAGCAUGAUGGGCUUAUCUCAAGGCACGAUAAAAUCUUAAGCCAUUUCCAUGAGGAGUCUGAACCAUUUAUAAACAACAAUGAUAAUGAGGCAGAAUUGAAAACAGAAGGCAAAUGUAAGUCAAUCUUUGACGGAGGAUACAAAUUUGGUCAGCCAGAGUCGUCACUAAAGCGCUUCUCUGCAGAACCCAGAAAAGAAAUAAUGAAUAACUUUCCCUAUGAGGAUGAGGAUGUUUGUCCAACAUGUCUUGAAGAUUAUACUUCUGAAGAUCCCAAGAUUACAAUGCAAUGUUGUCAUCAUUUCCAUCUUGGUUGUAUAUAUGAGUGGAUGGAGAGAAGUGAUGCAUGUCCUGUUUGUGGCAAGAUGAUGGUAUUCAAGGAAGCAACAUGAUCACUCCAUGAACUCCGUGUGCCAAAGUUUGUAUGUAUCCAUAAUGUGUAUCUCAAUGCCGCGAGUCUUCAUGUAUGCAUGAUUUUGCGGGCUAUUUAUAUUUACGUCGGUGAAUCUUUUGAAAUGACAAGGAGGAAGUCGCACGGCUUGUGCUCGGGUGGAGAGUUUUACGUAUUAGGCUCGAUAUUGUACAUGAAGUCCAUUUAAGAAAAAUCUCCGAUCGUCCGAUAGUGGAAAAAGAUGAGCAUGCCAAUCUGAUGAUGACUCAGUUUGUGACAAGUGAAAACAAUACAUAGGAGAGGAUUACUGCUCGAGAGUCGGUGGUAUUUGUUUUCUCUUUAGCAUGUGGGCAAUGAUCGGCAUGGUUGCUGUGAACCCAAUCUACUUUUUCCUUUAUCAGUACAAGUUGUCUCUGAAGAGUGUUUAAGCA